AUGCCUCAGCAUCCAGAGAGCCCAUGAUGCUCCCAUGAUCAAUGCUUUCAGACCUGCAUCAAAUCCCAGUCCCUGGAGGUUUCACAGGUCUCCAAGGUGCUAGAGGAGACCCAUCUCCCCUCCUAUCUUCUAAUGCCUGGCCAUUUGAAGGAGUAUCCUGGUGCUGGUAUUCCCAGUACUCCUGAAGGUUGUCAGAAUUUCUGUGCAUCUUCCACUGCCCUUACAGCCAUCUCAUCCAUCAAAUCAGAAGAGGGCUACAUGAUCCGGGAAGAAGAGAGUAGUCCAGGCACUUCGCUGGCUCUGCUAGACCCCAGGAGUGUGCCUAUAUAUGCUCUAGAUGAGGAAAUGAAUUUGCUGGUGAAUUUCCUGCUGCUUAAGUAUCAAGUGAAAGAGCCGAUAACAAAGGCAGAUACGUUGAAUAUUAUCAUCAACAAGUGUGAAGUCCACUUCCUUGAGAUCUUCUUGAGAGCCUCUGAAUGCAUGGAGAUGCUCUUUGGCCUUGAUCUGAUGGAAGUGGAUCAUACCAAUCACUGCUAUUGCCUCCUCAUCAAAUUGGGCCUCACCUAUGAUGAGAUAAAGCACAGUGAAGGGAGCCUGCCCAAAUCUGGCAUCCUGAUACUUAUCCUGAGUGUGAUCUUCAUGAAGGGCAACUGUGCCACCGAAGACAGAGCCUGGGAAGUUCUUAAUGUGACUGCAAUAUAUUCUUGGAUGAAUCACUUCAUCUUUGGGGAGCCCAGGAAUCUCAUCACUGAAGAUCUUGUGAAGGAAAAAUAUCUGGAAUACUGGCAGGUGACCAACACUGAUCCUGCAGGAUUUGAGUUCCUGUUGAUCCCCAGAGCUCAUGCUAAAACCACCAAGAUUAAAGUCCUGGAGUUUCUGGCCAAAGUUAAUAGGACUGACCCAAGUUCUUUCACAUCUCAGUGUGAGGAUGCUCUGCAAGAUGAAGAGAGAGCCUGA